GUAUUACACUCACAUGUGGACAGAAUUUUAUCAGCAGUAAAGGGAACGUGUUUUGAGUGUGUGUUAUGAUACACAGACGCGCAAUGAAACUCGCCGUUUACUGUCAUUUCUCCGUAAAAACAGUGUUUCCGCUGUAGACGUAUCGUUCACAUGCGACAGGAGAAAGAAUGGAAAAUUUAGAAUUAAGUCUCUCGUCACUAUCCACAAUAUCCAGGCAUGUUGACAGAAGUCGCAACGAGCUUGGUCAAUAUCUUUCCAAACAGAUAUGGAGCCAGCAGGACAGACAAUGUAUUCUCGACUGCCUUGCUCACCUGCUCCUCGAGAAGGAUUACACUUUACUCAUUGCACGUCACCUGCGGCCUCUGAUCCUGGACCUCCUGGAGCGGAACGUGGACAGAGUUCGAGCAGGUGGCCGAAUCAACCACGACCUCCACGAGCGCCUGUGUGUAGCUCUCAGUAAACUCCUCAGCAUCAGUCCUGUUGCACAUGCAUUUGCUGCUAAGUAUUUCAUCAGCGCCCCUCCAGUUUUUCAGAGGCUCUUUUUCACCAGCGAAGAGUCGGCCUCCGUUCAGUAUGGCCCCAGACGAAUGAAAAUGCGUGACCUCAUGGGUGCCACACUUCGUUUCCUGCAGAGCGAUUGCGCCAAGUAUCGCAUGCUCUGGGAUUGGAGUCCCUGUGUGUCGCAGCUGCUCACCAGCGACCUCAUGGUGCGAGGGUACACUGCCCAUUGUUUAGCACUGGUUUCGCAUAUGACGGACAAUCAGAAAACAAUUUUUCUGAGGAAGGUGCUGACGAAUGACGAAAUUCUUCACAUGAAAAUCAAUGCAUUGGAAGAAACUCAACACAUGGAGGCAGAGAAAGCGCUGGUUCUGGCCAACCAGUGCUCGGUGAUGUGGCGCCAGGAGAAAGCAAAUAAGUUCACCAGAGGUCACGUGGUAUCGGAGGACCUUUCGCAGAACGUUGUAGCAGUCUGUGGGGUUGUGCUUCCCAGGGUAGCCCCCAGACAAGUCGAACAGGUGUGUAUGCCAGGUCAACAGGUUAAUGCUGUGAAUAAGGAAAAAAAAAAUAUUCUGAGUCCUCUAUCCUGUCCUCAGGAGAACCCGAAGGAUCUCGUGCUGGUGGAUUCGACCUGUCGCAAUGUGCGGAGACUGGCACUAGCUGUAGCGUCCCAGAAGCCCGUCCUUCUCGAGGGGCCUAUCGGGUGCGGUAAAACUGCUUUAGUCGAGUUCAUCGCCGCCGUUACUGGGCAUAUGAAAACUGCGGAGAUUCUCAAAGUCCAACUGGGAGAUCAGACUGACAGCAAGAUGCUGCUGGGGAUGUACCGUUGCACCGACAUUCCGGGGAAGUUCGUGUGGCAGCCGGGAACGCUGACACAAGCUGUGUCCAAGGGCCAGUGGAUUCUUCUGGAGGACAUUGACCACGCACCGCUGGACGUGAUCUCUGUGCUGUUGCCUUUAAUGGAAAACAAAAAGCUGAUGAUUCCAGGAAGGGAGGAUUGUAUCGAGGUUGCGCCUGGAUUUCAGUUUUUCGCAACAAGAAGGACCUAUUAUAGCGGUGGGAGCUGGCACAAGCCGCAGAACUCUCAUGCAGCGUUGCUGGACAAAUACUGGACCAAGCUGCAGAUGGGCAACAUGAUGCGAGAAGAGCUGAAGAAAGUGAUGACCGGCAAGUACCCUGGGCUAACGGUGGUAGCAGAGCGUCUCCUGGAUAUCUACUGUCAGCUGACUGGGGAAAAUCAUGCCGAGUUGGAGGCAAGCGGUCUCCAAACACUGACACCGAUGGAAGACUCCCAGCAGCCCAAGUGUGAAAACAGAAGCGUACCACUGGAGGGAAGAGCCCUGUCACUGAGGGACCUACUGAAAUGGUGCGAGCGAAUAAGCGUCAACUUCAACAGCAUCUCUUUCGCCACUGCUCAGCAAGUCUUCCAAGAGGCUCUUGACUGCUUCACAGCCAUGUUGUCUCGCCCCGAAAGCCGACUGCAGAUGGCUGAGAUCAUCGGAAGCAAACUGAACAUCUCCAAAGAGAAGGCGCAGCAUUUCUGUCACAUGUACCAGCCCGGCAUCUCGCUGUCUGAGCUGCAGGUCUCGGUGGGCAGAGCAACUCUGGGUCGAAAGCAGACAGAAGCGGUGCAGCUGAACGUGGGAAACGAGACAUUUGCCGCCACUCGACCCUCCGCCGUGUUGUUGGAACAGCUGGCGGGUUGUGUGUCCAAAGGCGGACCCUCUUCGCUCCAAGAGCGGGGGGAGGCGCUGGCUGCGAAACUGAGUCAGACGCAGCAGCAGAUCCGAGUCUGUGAGACGGCCAUGGUUUUUGCGUUUGUUGAGGGAACACUCGCCCAGGCUCUGAAGAAGGGACACUGGGUCCUGCUGGACGAGAUCAACCUGGCUGCCCCAGAGACCUUGGAGUGUCUGAGUGGACUCCUGGAGGGCAGCACAGGAUCUUUGGUUCUGUUGGACCGUGGAGACACCGAGCCACUGGUUCGACACCAAGACUUCCGACUCUUUGCCUGCAUGAACCCCGCUACCGACGUGGGGAAAAGGAACCUUCCUCUGGGCCUCAGGAACAGGUUUACUGAGCUCUACGUGGACGAGCUGGAGAAUGAGGGAGACCUGCGUAUUCUGGUUAUUGACUACCUCAAUCACCUGCACCCAAACAGGAAUGUUAUCAGUGGCAUCAUAAGUUUUUAUUUAGCAGUACGAAAAGAGGCCAACUUACACCUGGUGGACGGUACAGGUCACAGACCUCACUACAGCCUGCGGACUCUGUGCAGAGCGCUCAAGUAUGUGGCCGCGAACCCGUGCAACAGCGUGCAGCGCUCACUUUAUGAGGGUUUCUGCCUGAGCUUCUUGACCCAGCUGGACAGAAGCUCUCAUCCACUGGUUCAGAAACUGGUCUGCCAGCACAUCCUGAUGGGAAACACCAAAUGUCUCAAACAAUCUAUCCCAGCACCGGCUGACCACCAGUGUGUGGAGCUCGAAGGCUACUGGGUCUCCCAGGGCGAGAUGGAGCCAGCCGCGGACCCGAGCUACAUCCUGACUUCCUCGGUCAAGCUCAACCUCCGCGAUCUCGCCAGGGUUGUGUCUGCUGGGACUCAUCCGGUGCUGAUCCAGGGAGAGACGUCCGUGGGAAAAACCAGCCUGAUUUCCUGGCUGGCUGCAGCCACAGGGAACCAGUGUGUCAGGAUCAACAACCACGAACACACGGACAUCCAGGAGUACAUCGGCUGCUACUCCUCAGACGACAGCGGGAAGUUGGUGUUCCAAGAGGGCGUUCUGAUUGAUGCCAUGAGGAAAGGCUACUGGAUCAUCCUGGAUGAGCUAAAUCUCGCCCCCACUGAUGUCCUGGAGGCUCUGAACAGACUGCUGGAUGACAACAGGGAGCUGUUUGUGGCAGAGACACAGGAAGUCAUCAAAGCUCAUCCGAGAUUCAAGCUCUUUGCUACCCAGAAUCCCCCAGGUCUCUACGGUGGCAGAAAGGUGCUCUCCAGAGCUUUUAGGAAUCGCUUCGUGGAGCUGCAUUUUGACGAGCUGCCGAGUGCAGAGCUGGAAACCAUUCUUAACCAGAGAUGCCACCUGCCUCCAUCGUACUGCACUAAGCUGGUCAAGGUCAUGCAGGAUCUCCAGUCCUUGCGCAGGGGGUCCUCUGUGUUCGCGGGGAAGCAUGGCUUCAUCACCCUCAGGGACCUGUUCCGCUGGGCGGACCGUUACAGACUGGAGGAGCAGUCACAGGAAUCUCAGGACUGGCUACAGCACUUAGCUGACGAUGGGUACAUGCUUCUGGCGGGGCGUGUGAGGAAGCCGGAGGAAGAGGCCACUAUAAUGGCCAUCCUGGAGAAGCACUUUAAAAGGACGGUAAACCCCGAAAACCUGUUCUCUCAGGAUAAGGUGACAAGUCAGUUUAGUCCCUUCAUCGACAGCAUCGCUGGAGUUCCCGAGGAAUUUCGCCACGUUGUUUGGACACACGGGAUGAGGAGACUGGCGGUUCUUGUGGGACGGGCACUGAAAUUCAACGAAUCCGUCCUGCUUGUAGGAGAUACGGGUUGUGGAAAGACGACAAUCUGUCAGCUGUUUGCCGCUCUGUCUGGGCAGAAGUUUCUUUCCGUCAAUUGUCACCAGCACAUGGAGACGUCGGACUUCUUGGGAGGCCUGCGGCCGGUCAGACACACGAAUCAGGCGAGUGGCGAAGACGGCAGACUGUUUCAGUGGCACGAUGGUCCGUUGGUGCUGGCCAUGAAGGAGGGUGGAGUGUUUCUCAUGGAUGAGAUCUCCCUGGCAGACGACUCCGUACUGGAAAGACUCAACAGUGUUUUGGAGACGGAGAAGUCCCUCGUGUUGGCAGAGAAAGGCAGCGGCGACAAUGAUGACGUGGAGCUGAUCAGAGCAGCGGCGGGUUUUCGUCUGGUUGCCACCAUGAACCCGGGAGGAGACUUUGGCAAAAAGGAGCUGUCUCCUGCGCUCAGAAACCGUUUUACAGAAAUCUGGUGUCCGCAAAGCAAUAGCCGGUGUGACCUGAUACAGAUCAUUCAACACAACCUGCGAUCUGGCCUUACAAUUGAUGGCUGCGAUAUUGCUGAGCUGAUGCUGGACUUCAUCGAAUGGCUGACCGAGCAGGAGUUUGGCCGUCGCUGCAUCCUGAGCGUCAGAGACAUCUUGUCGUGGGUUUACUUUCUCAACACCGUGUGUGAGCGGGACGAGGACGGCUUCAUGACCAUGGGGGCCCUGGAGGAUGAAGAAGAAGCAGAAUGGGACCUCAGACUGGACACCGUCACCGCCUUCAUCCACGCCGCGUGCCUGGUCUACAUUGAUGGAAUCGGCUCAGGAACCACAGUGUCAUGUGCAGACAACGCCGUUCUCGCGCGCAGGCUGUGCCUCCGCUUCUUGCAGCGGCGGCUGGGCAGCAUGACGAAGCUGGACCAAGAGAUGCUGGAUGCUCUGAGGGUGUAUGACAGCAACUUCCUAAGAAAACCCCAGUGGGGCGAAGACUUCUUUGGUAUCGACCCAUUCUACAUCGCUUUAGGACCUGACACCGAGAAUCGAGACCUGUCGGAUUACACUUUCGCAGCAGGCACCACUGCGAUGAACGCACAGAGGCUACUUCGAGCACUAAAGCUGCAGAGACCUGUGCUCCUGGAGGGGGCGCCCGGUGUGGGAAAAACCAGCCUGGUGGCCGCACUGGCAAAAGCAUCUGGAAACCAUUUAGUCCGGAUUAACCUCUCAGAGCAGACGGAUGUGACCGACUUGUUCGGAACCGAUCUCCCGGUAGAAGGAGGUAAAGGAGGAGAGUUUGCGUGGCGUGACGGCCCCCUUCUGGCCGCUUUAAAAGCAGGCCAUUGGGUGGUUUUGGAUGAGUUGAACCUGGCCUCCCAGUCGGUGUUGGAGGGCCUGAACGCCUGCUUCGAUCACAGAGCCGAGGUCUUUAUCCCCGAGUUGGGCAUGAGCUUCCAGGUUCAGCAUGAAAAGACCAAGAUUUUUGGUUGCCAGAAUCCGUUCACUCAGGGCGGCGGGCGUAAAGGACUUCCCAAAUCCUUCCUGAACAGAUUCACGCAGGUCUUUGUGGAUCAACUCAGCGGCAAAGACAUGGAGUUCAUCGCAGGCUCCAUGUUUUCCAACAUCGAUAAGGGAAUCAUCGCCAAAAUGGUGGACUUCAGUAACAGGCUUGUCCAGGAGACUAUCGUGGAACGACGGUGGGGUCAGAAAGGAAGCCCCUGGGAAUUCAACCUGCGGGACAUGUUCCGCUGGUGUCAGCUGAUGCAGGCCGACCAGAGUCCAGGAUUUUUCAGUCCGGGCCAACACGUAGCUUUGGUGUAUUCCGACAGGAUGAGAACAGAAGCCGACAAGGCUCAGGUGCUGUCAGUGUUCAGGAAAGUCUUUGGCGAGGACUUUGAGCCGUACAGCGGCUCCAGACAGUUUCAUAUCACUCCUCUCAACCUGCAGGUCGGCUUUUCAGUGCUACAGCGCAGCGGUGGCGCCCCCGUUGCCCUGGACCCCCCGCUCUCUAUUACACAUCAGGCCCUGCGGCCGCUGGAGUCUCUGAUGAAGUGCGUGGAGAUGGGUUGGAUGACGAUACUGGUCGGGCCCACAGCCAGUGGAAAGACCAGUCUGGUUCGGCUGCUGGCUCUGCUGACGGGACACCGUCUCCGCGUCAUGGCCAUGAACAGCGCCAUGGACACCACUGAGCUGCUUGGAGGCUUUGAACAGGUCGACAUCAUGCGACCCUGGCAGCAAGUGCUGGAAAGCGUCGACUACAUAGUCGCCAUGGUGAUAAGACGCGGCCUCAUGUCGCUGGACGUCGGCGUUCAGGACACGGAGUUCCUGCUCAAGACCUGGGGCCUGUUUUGCGACUGGCUGAAGGAGAAGGAGAUGCACAAGAACGGAGGGACGAUAGAUGCGGAGGCUCUGAACAAGCUGGAGGUCAUUAUCCUGCUGCUGCAGAAGCUCAACAUUAAACUGAAAGUCUUCACAGACAUGUCCAAGCUCCAGAUGGACUUCACGCUGCUGAAGGAGCGCCUGGUCCAGCUGGAGGACGGCUGGACUAAUGGAGGUUUUGAGUGGUUGGACGGUAUGCUGGUCCAGGCCCUGCAGGCUGGUGACUGGCUGCUCAUGGAUAACGUCAACUUCUGCAGCGCCUCGGUGCUGGAUCGUCUGAACGCUCUGCUGGAACCUGGUGGAACCCUAACCAUCAACGAACGUGGCGUCAUCGAUGGAAAAACCCCUCAAAUCACUCCGCACCCUAACUUUAGGUUGUUCCUGACCAUGGACCCUGUACACGGGGAGCUUUCACGAGCCAUGAGGAACCGAGGGGUUGAGGUGUACAUCCCAGGGGAACACGAGGGCGUCUGCUGGGACACGCUAGACCUGAAGACCCUGCUCCACACCGCUGGGGUCACUGGAGACUGUGUGUGCGAUUUGCUUAUUAAAAUACACAAAAGCAUCAAAUCUGCUAUCUGGGAUUCCCCUGCCUCGUCAGUGGCCUCUCUCCUCUACGCUGGCACUCUGUUGUCCUGUCAGCUGCACAGAGGUGUGGAUCUACCCAGUGCCCUGCAGCAUGCCUGCGGAGAGGCAUACGCCUUGUGCCAACGAACCACUGCCAACCAGAAGCAAGCUCAGCAGAUAAUUGAGCAGCAACUGGCCGUCCUAGACACCGAGGACUGGGGAAGCGGGCUGCUGUGUGCCGGAGUUUGGCCCGACGGCUUCCCCUCCGCACUCCUUUCCACAGAGGAUUCUUGCUUUUCCACCGUCCUCAGAGACGGUCAGGUGCUCUCAUUCUGUCUGAACAACCUCAGCCUGCAGGGCAAGCGCAACCGUCCAUUGAGCCUCAGCGACCUGAAGAGGGUGCUGCAGAGCAGUGGAGUCCACGACGGCCUGAUAUUUUCCGAAGGCGUAGUGGAUCUGGAGGAAGGAGACACCCUGAGGUUAAUUCCUACCGCGGUGAGACUGGUCACGGAGAGGGCGUCUCACGGAGACUGGAUUCUCCGCAGCAGCUGGCUAGCACACCUCGGAAAAUGCUACAAAUACGUACCUGAUUCAGCAUUGGUCCAGGUGGAGGCAGGGAACCGGGCGUUGAAGUCCGUGUUCGGCAGCAAACUCGCCGCCAAAGGCAAGUCACUGGCGGAGUUGCUGCAGCCUCACAGCACAGAUGAAUACAGGAUUCUGGUGGAUAUGCGAUGGAACAAACAGUACCUGGACAUUUUAGCCAAUAAGUGCAGCUUUGAGGAUGAGGAAAGAUACAUGGAGUUUUUGGAGGCGUUGAACACAGUAGCUAACAGGAUCGCCCUGAUGAUGGACAGGGAGGAGAGAUCAGUCGUCUGCUCCUGUGCCGUCAACCUGUCUUCUCAGAACUCUGCACUGAGAAUCGCCUCAGCGUUCAGCAAAGGCACCAUUGACAUCGGUCACCUGCCACAUCCGGUGCUGAUGCACCUGCAGAACUUCUUCGACCUGUGGAGCUCCUUCACCCUGCAGGCUGUGCAGAGUGGGCAGAACUACAUCUCAGACCACAUCAGGUUUGAGAUCCUGCAGUUGCUACAGUGGUUGGAUCGGUUCUGGGACGUGUGCACCACGCUGUCGGCGGACUCGCAGGGAAUCUCUGUGCUGUCUCUGCACUGGCAGUGGGUGCAGAAGCAUCUCAUCCUGCGGCUGCCGCAGCUGCUGCUGGGCGAGACGGAUGAGCCGUUUGAGGGUCAACAGGAGCUUCAGGUGAUCUCCGCAGCCAUCCAGACUGUUCUGUCCACCCCAGUGCCUGUCGCAUCAGCUAUUAAAGGCAUUCAAAAAACACUGGGGAAAGCACUGCCUUUCAAGUUGGAGUCGGUGGGCAACUGUGCGUCUCAGCUGCGGCUCUUAAGCAAGGCCCUGGAUGUGAGUGAUCUGAGACUCGACGGCACACACUUUGCGUGGAGGCAGGAGCUGAUCCGACUGCAGGGCGCCGCGCUGCGGCUGGACGUCAAAGAGAGCCUCCUGGAGGCCUACGGCCUUGUCCUGCUGGCCAACAAUCAGCUCGAUCCACAGACUUCUGGAGUGCUGGAGAGGUUAAUUUCCAGCGUCAAGCAGCAGCAUUGUCACAUGACCUCCACAGGCCUGUUGGAGCGUUACUCCAUGUCUGAGGAUGACGAGCAGGUGGAUGGCGUCCAUCUGGCCAGAGAGGAGCUGCAGCAGCUCAGUCGCAGAGUGCAGCUGUGGCCCCUGAUGGAGGAAGUGGCCGUGCUCAACCAGCUGCGGCUCAGCACUGACCUGCUGCACAUGGCUCUGUCACCCAGUGAUCCGGAGGUAGAGGACAGUUUACGUCGGGAGUUGUCCCGACACCUCCGUUACUGUCUCCAGUCCACCCCCAUGAAUGUCAGCCAGCUGCAGCCACUCUGGUUCCUGCUCAGCAGUGACAAGCCAGCAGAGGACCUACAGUUUGUAUGGUGCGAGCUGCUCUCAGAGGCUCUGGCCGCAUUGUGGACCAGCUACGUCACCUCAGACCCAGACCGCUGGUUGAAGUGGGACCCAGUAAAACCUGAAACACAGCCUGGUCCGAAGCUGCCACAUAGAGCAGAUCACAUGGGUCCAUCCUUGUUGAGUAAAGCAGUUUGGUCACAUUGCAUGCUGGGAGUGUUCAUGAGCAGCAAGACCGGUGAGCGAUGGGAGCCGUCAGCAACGGCCCUUCUGUCGUUCUCCGACGUCACCUUGGGAGAGUGGAAGGAAAGAAUCCAGCAACUGCAGGAGGUGUCUGCCGUCUUGUGGGACAACAUGGCCAUGCCCGCACUCGCCGAGUUUAGGGCAACUGACUUCAGACUCCAGGGGGCAGUCCUCCGUCGCCAGCUUCAGAGCAUGGCCGACCUGCUUCCUGUAAGCCUGCAGGAGGGCUACAUGGAGAGCUGCGAGAGUCUGGUGGAGGACUCUGACCCGUUAAUAGCGGCCCAGGAGAUCCAGACCAUCUUCAGAGAGUUCCUUCCGUCCAAUCUGCUCCCAGACAACCUGGUGGAGAUCUGCAUCGCCUGCCUGCAGCAGUACGUGCAAAACAAGAUCCAAGGCUCCAAAUCGCUCGUCUGUUCCGGAGUGUUCUGGGUCAACAUGGGCCUGCUGCAAAUCAAAGUGUGGACACCGCAGACUAUCUUUGACCCAGCUGUGAAGAGAGCCUACAAAAUGAGCUACGCCCAGCAGGAGCUGGCUCUGCUGCAGGAGGAGUGGAGAGCUCGCAGCCUAGCCUCUCAGCUGAUGACUGGAGCCAAGCUGGAGGAGAGCAGCACCACUGACGGCUUCCAGCAUCCACGAAUCCGAUACCUGUGGAUCCGUAUGCAGCAGAUGAAGGAACAAAUAGCGGAGCUCUCCAGAAAGCAGGCGUGCCGCCCUCACGAGUCUCAGUAUGGCCGACUCUUCCAGGACCUUCAGCACUACCUCUGCAGCAUCGGCCAAGCAUCUCGAGUCCAGGACCUGCUCUCCCACCUGCUCCGAACCAUUCAAGGCUCCUCUCCAAAAGCCAAGUCAUUCGUUCAGAGUCUGCUCAAGGAGGAGGCCGUGUGGCAAAAGUCCCAACAGCAUUUCUCCCAGAGGCUGCUGGAGGACUAUCCCUUGUACCCAGAUGUGGUCGGCCCGGUGCGAACCGGCAUCCUCCAGCUCUGCCACGGAAUGAGGCUGUUGGCCUCCCAGGUGGCUGCCUCAAUAACGCCUGUGCCAGGUCUGCACAAAUUGGUGUCCUGCCUGCUGGCCUUUCCCUCCAUGACCCCCAGCCUGCCCUCUCACCUGGCCCGGGCGGAUUUCCUGUGCUCGACAGCAUGCGUGGAUGUUCUCCGCUGCUUGGUAAAGCUUCUGCCCCAGCAGGACCCUGACCACGUGAUCCCCCAGUCCUCCACACUGCUGCUGAAUGCUCUGCUGUACGUGCAGUGCCAUGUUCUGUCCACUGGAGAGUUUAGUCAGGAGGCACUGAACCUCUUCAGGCACAUCUGUCAGGCUCUGGUGAAUGAGUGGGAUGAACAGGAGAGACGGAGGAGAGAGCGAGAGCAGAUGGAGGCCAGUCUGUACCGCAACCGAAGUCAACUUCACGGUACAGGCCUGAGCGAAGAGCAACAGGAGGAGCAGGACUUCAGGAGGCAGUUCCCUGACUUUAACAAGGAUUUCGCAGACAUCGUGACGCAGCCAACCCUGGAAGGUCCCUCAGACUCAGGGUCGGGGGAAGAGGAACAGAACAAAGUCCACGAGUCCGUUGAGAGUGGUUUCCUGUCCGCGUCUGCUAUGAACACAUUGGUUCAAGUGCAUCAGUGCCUGUGUCUGGGAUACGCCAGAUCGCUGUGGUACCACAACAAAGUGACAGCAAGUCACGGCAAAGAAUCGAUCAAAGCCAUGAUCUCCUCCUACCAAAUUGCUGGCCCUGUGAUGUCACACUUCUAUCAUCUGAUUGAUGCUGAGUUAGACCAGCAGCUGACAGGCAGUGGACUGCUGCUUUCUGCCCUCCUUCAGAACACGGUGCAAGGCUCGGGGGGUAACGAUGGUCUUCUCGUCAACCCGGAAGGUUCCUAUGACUUCUACCAGCAUCCCAAUCUGGUGGAGGCCAGACUCUGCCUUCCUGUCCUCGAGCAGCUGGGUGUCGCGGUUAAGCACAGACUGGAGGACUGGCCCGAUCACCCUGCACUCGUACAGCUGACGGUGGUCAUGGAGAGGAUCAGGGCGUUCAGUCUGGCUAGUCCGCUAGCCAAGUUUCUCAAUGGUCUGGAGAUUCUUCUCAGUAAAGCACAGGACUGGGAGAACAAUGCCAGCCGCUCAGUCUCGCUGCGGAAGGAACUGGAACAAGUCACGCAACUGAUAAUCCAAUGGCGCAAACUGGAGUUGAGCUGUUGGUCAAGCAGCCUGGAUAACGCCAUCAAACGUCACACGGAGAAAUCAACCAAACACUGGUUUUCUAUCUACCAACUGGUAGAGAGGUACCUCGAAGAGCAGAAGUCGGAGCCUGACAAAGAUGAGGAGACAGAGCGCCUCACCCUGGCCUCCGUAUCCUCCACUUUGCAGGCCUUCAUGGAGGGAUCCACCCUGGGCGAGUUCCACACCCGUCUGUCCAUGCUGUUGAGCUUCCACUGCCACCUGCUUCUCGUCCCCAACCAGCCUGGACAAGGGUCUUUGUCCAGUCUUCUGUGGAACCUGCACAAAUACUACAGUCAGUUCUUAGACGGCAUUCACACCAAAAUCUGUCAACUCAGACAGCCCAUAGAGAAGGAGCUCAAGGACUUUGUGAAGAUCUCCAAAUGGAACGAUGUCAGUUUCUGGUCCAUCAAACAGUCAGUGGAGAAAACUCACAGGACGCUGUUCAAGUUCAUCAAGAAGUUCGAGGAGGUCCUGAGUGGUCCAAGUGCUCCCUCUCUGGUAGAACAGGGUAGUAGUGCAAGUUUCGACACUGUCGACACAAACGCGGAAGAAGAAACCCCCGUGCAUCGAGUUCACCGGGCUCUAAAGAGCGCCCUACCAGGGAGGGACAGAGAUCUGCAGAACGAGUGUCUGGAGGAAGAGGCGAGUCCAUCGUCAUUGCAGGGACGCCUCCCCGUCCUCACCAGAAAGAUGAAGAAAAUGUGUGGUCAGUACCUGAAGAAACACCCUGUACCUGAACUGGCUGAAGACCUGGACUGCUUCACAGGCGAAGUGAUCAGUAACCUGCGAGACCUCCAAAACCUCAACAUCGACAUGUCGGCGGAGAAAGACAAACAAAAAGCCGAGGUCAAGCACAUCCUGCAGCAGAAGCAGCGAGCUCUGUCUGACCUCUUCAAGAUGCUCUCAGACAUCGGUCUGUCGUACCGCAAAGGCUUGACCUGGAAUCGCACGGCUGACCCGGUGAAAACCCUCUGCAUGGACCCGCUGGAGAUGAGCACCGCUCUGUCUGGUGUCAGCGGCCGGGAGCAGAAUGAGACGACGUUGUUCACGGAGCUGUUAGCAGCAUGGGACGGAUGUCAAAAGUACUUCUACCGUUCCUGGGCCAGGAAAACAGUCCUGCAGACAGCCCUGCAGCACCCAACCAAGGAGUUGGGUCUGGGCGCCAUUGAGCGCUGCAGAGGCUUCUCUGCUCACAUGUUCAAGCUGCUGCUCAGACAACGACGACGGCUGGCCGUGCUCACUCGGCACUGGGUCCAUCUCAGGAGGCUAACAAACAGCAUGAUGGACAUCAAGGAGCGUUUCCAGGGCCAGAGUGAAGACGUGGCUUCAGGAUGUGCCUUCCCACCUCAGGAUUCUCUACACAGCUGGGUCACUAGAGGGCAGGCUUUGGCUGCCCAGUGCACCGCUCUGUUGCAGCAGCUCAGCUGGACGCUGCAGUGCUGUCCCGAGGACCCGCAGCAGAAAGAAGAGAAAAGCAGUUGCGGGCAGCACACCCUGAGUUGUCCGUCCCCACUGGCCGCGCACCGCCAGCCUGCCGGCUGUCUGAUGAGGAGGGAAGACGCCACCUGGUGUCAGAUCCACCAACGCGUGACUUCGAUGCUCGAGCAAAGUGAGAGCGCCAAGUCGGAGCUGGACGCUGCGGCCCGGCAGAGCUGUGACAGAGCGCUGCACACAUGGAACCACUUUGCGAUGUGCUGUUCAAGCUUCGACCAGCUGAAGGACGUGGCUGCUCAGAUGCCCGGCGUGGAACAGCUCUUCAACCCUGCUGUCUGUUCCUCUAACACGAACGUCCAGCCAGCCAUCACUCAGAGCUUGAAGUACGUCAGGGGACAGGUAGAGGGCAGCGUCACCGAGUUCACCACUUGGAAGAUACAGAUGCUGUCACUGGGACACCAGCCGACAGAGCCCCAGUCUGCCUUCUGCGCCGACUUCUCCGCUCAGCUGGAGACAAACAUCAACACAGUGCUGUGUGCGGUUCAGUCUCUCGUCAAGAGAAGAGAACGCCAGCAACCGGACGAGCAGCAGCGUGAAGACGUUAGCAAAGGUGAGUCCGCGUUUGUCCAUUCAUCUGCGUCCAUAAAUUACGGUAAAAAAAAAAAGUCUGUUUUUUUUGCCGCCACGUUCAGGAGGCUAACAAACAGCAUGAUGGACAUCAAGGAGCGUUUCCAGGGCCAGAGUGAAGACGUGGCUUCAGGAUGUGCCUUCCCACCUCAGGAUUCUCUACACAGCUGGGUCACUAGAGGGCAGGCUUUGGCUGCCCAGUGCACCGCUCUGUUGCAGCAGCUCAGCUGGACGCUGCAGUGCUGUCCCGAGGACCCGCAGCAGAAAGAAGAGAAAAGCAGUUGCGGGCAGCACACCCUGAGUUGUCCGUCCCCACUGGCCGCGCACCGCCAGCCUGCCGGCUGUCUGAUGAGGAGGGAAGACGCCACCUGGUGUCAGAUCCACCAACGCGUGACUUCGAUGCUCGAGCAAAGUGAGAGCGCCAAGUCGGAGCUGGACGCUGCGGCCCGGCAGAGCUGUGACAGAGCGCUGCACACAUGGAACCACUUUGCGAUGUGCUGUUCAAGCUUCGACCAGCUGAAGGACGUGGCUGCUCAGAUGCCCGGCGUGGAACAGCUCUUCAACCCUGCUGUCUGUUCCUCUAACACGAACGUCCAGCCAGCCAUCACUCAGAGCUUGAAGUACGUCAGGGGACAGGUAGAGGGCAGCGUCACCGAGUUCACCACUUGGAAGAUACAGAUGCUGUCACUGGGACACCAGCCGACAGAGCCCCAGUCUGCCUUCUGCGCCGACUUCUCCGCUCAGCUGGAGACAAACAUCAACACAGUGCUGUGUGCGGUUCAGUCUCUCGUCAAGAGAAGAGAACGCCAGCAACCGGACGAGCAGCAGCGUGAAGACGUUAGCAAAGGUGAGUCCGCGUUUGUCCAUUCAUCUGCGUCCGGUGCUAUAAAGGACGCGGACGUGGAUGAGGAUGAGGAGCGUGCAGAAGACCUGCUGAAGCCCGGUCACCUCGCUCGCCUCAUGGAAGCGGAGCUCGAAGCCGAGGUGGAGUCUCUGAAUGUCGGCGAUGUUUGUGAGCAGCUGGAGAGAUUGUUCUGCAGCCUGAGAACACACAGAGACACUUGUCAACCAACGCAGCUUCAGGAGGUACACAGGGCCUGCGGCAUGCUGGCACGUCUGGAGCCUCUCCUGGGCAUGUACUCGGACCUGGUGCGUUACUACCUCGCCAUGUCAGUGGCCGCGCAUAGGAGCACAGGCAAACUGACGUCUGUGCUAGCCAGCAUCUUCACAGAGCUCGCCCUAAAGGGUUUCUGUUUACCUCAGGAGCUAACAGCAGGGGGAGACGGAGAAGGCGCCACGGAGUUUCACGAUUACGAAGGUGGUGGGAUAGGAGAGGGAGAAGGCACCAAAGACGUCAGUGACAAGAUCGAGAACGAGGAUCAGGUUGAGGACACUCUGAAGGAGGGUCAGGAAAAGGAAGAACAACAGGACAAGGGUAAUAUAAAGUCCGAGGACAACGCCAUCGAAAUGUCAGAGGACUUCGAAGGCCAGAUGCAUGAUGGGGAUGAAAAUGAACAAGGCGAAGAAGAAGAAGAUUCUGACAAAGAAGAGCAAGAGGAACUCGACAAAAAGAUGGGCGAUCUGGGUGAAGGCCAGACGGACACCCUGGAUGAGAGAUUGUGGGGCGACGACGAGGACGAUCAGGAGGAGGAAGGGAGUGACAAAGAAGAAGAGUCGGGUCAAGGCAUGGACCAGGGCGAAUCAGAGCUGGUGGCCAAAGACGACAACCUGGACGCUGCCGACCCAAACAAGGACAAGAAAAAUCAGGACCAAGAGGAGCUAAUGAACGACGAGGAAAAAGAGAAGAUCAACGAGCAAGGAGAUGAGAGGGAGUUCGAUGAGAAUGAAGUGGAUCCCUACCACGGUCAGCAGAACAAAAAGCCAGAGCCGGAGUCCAUGGAUCUGCCUGAAGAUCUCAAUCUGGACCAGGAGGAAGAGGCGGGGGAGGACGAAGAGGGCGAGGGAGAUGAAGAGAAUCCUUUCGACAUCGGUGAGAAAGACAUGGACGUGGACGGAAAAGAGGACGGACAGGACACCGCUGCGGAAGAGGAUAAACCGGAGACGGAGGAGGAAGGAGGAGAAACGAUGCAGGACGACCAGACAGAGCAACCAGGAGAGGAGGAGGAGGAGGAGGGACAGGAGCCCAAACCUGAAGAUGAUGAAGAGGGAGGCGGAGAAGGGGAGAAGGCCGAGGGAGAUGAGAACGCCGUUGAAGACGAAGAAAAAGAAGAAAAUGAAAAGAACAAGCGGGAAGAUGGACGAGGGGAUCAGACGGUUCCGAAUGAGAAAGAAGAAAAACAACAGGAAGAGAAAGACGACGACGAAAUGCAGCCGGAGUCGGCCGACAGACGGGAACAUGAUGCCGACGGUCAGACCGGAGAAGAGAACGUCCAGAGCGAAUCAGGGGAAAAAGAGCACGGCAGUGGUGCAGCUGACGCUAGUCAAGCCGAGGGUCACCAGUCGAAGCUAACGGCCAGAAUGGCCGCGCAAACCAAAACGCAGAGCAAGACCCAGAGCCACAAGCGAAAACCGGGUCACGCGGACAACGAGCGGUCGACGGGCGACUACAACGAGCGCAUCAACAAGCGUCUGCGUACAGUGGAGAGCAGCAAAGACAGAAGUUCUGACAGCAGACAGAGUGACGCGCGGCAGGAGUCCGAGCUCUACGAGCACAUCAAACAGGGAGAGACGACGUACGACGCUCAGACUUACGAUGUGGCCAGUGCCGACCAGCAGAACGCAGCAGGGCCGGAGCAGCAGGAGGAUCAGAAGGACGAGGACGUGGCCAUGGACACAGAGGACCAGGACGAAGAGCUCCACGCCGCCGAGAUAGACGAAAUGAAGCCCGAGCAGCUGGACUCGACGAAGGCCUCGCGAAAAGGCGCGGACAGCGGAGAGAUGGAGGCGCAAAGACGAGAUGACGAAGAGGGGGGGGAGGAGGAGGAGGAGGAGAAGUGGAAGGAACAGCGGCCCGGCGAAGAAAACGAACGAGAGGAGAGACGCACAGAGUCCACGGUUCACACGGUCCCUGAGCUGCUGCUGGAAACCGUGCAGAAAACGGAGAGGGACCCAAACGACAUUCGGAGGGAAAUGGAACUCCAGCUGGAAUCCUGGCACAAACUGGCUCCAGGAACUCAGGAGGAGGAAAGCGCAGCGGCGUCCAUGUGGCAUCAGUACCAGAAUCUGACGUCACCUCUGUCUCAGCAACUGUGUGAGCAGCUGCGGCUCAUCCUGGAGCCCACGCAGGCCUCCAAACUCAAAGGCGAUUACCGUACAGGGAAGCGCCUGAACAUGAGGAAAGUGAUCCCCUACAUCGCCAGUCAGUUUCGCAAGGACAAGAUCUGGUUGAGGAGGACCAAACCGAGCAAAAGAGAGUACCACAUCUGCCUGGCUGUGGAUGAUUCGUCCAGCAUGGUGGACAACCACACCAAACAGCUAGCCUUCGAGUCCCUGUCAGUGAUCAUCAGCGCUCUGACUCUGCUGGAGGUCGGACAGGUGUCUGUGUGCAGUUUUGGCGAGCAGGUGCAGCUGCUCCACCCCUUCCAGCAGCAGUUUAACGAUGAGUCGGGAGCUCGGAUUCUCCGUCUGUGUCAGUUUCAACAGAAGAAAACCAGAAUAGCACAGUUUUUGGAUACCUCAACCAAAAUGUUCGUAGGAGCCCGGCAGCAGAUUCCAGGAUCUAGUACCACAGACAUGGCCCAGUUGCUGGUCAUCGUUUCCGAUGGACGCGGCCUGUUCCUGGAGGGCAAAGAGCGGGUGAUGGCGGCCGUGAGGUCAGCGCGCGGCGCCAAUGUCUUUGUCAUUUUUGUGGUUCUGGACAACCCAAACUCACGGGACUCCAUCCUCGACAUAAAGGUGCCCAUUUUCAAAGGACCGGGAGAACUCCCGGAUAUCCGUUCCUACAUGGACGAGUUCCCCUUCCCUUUUUACGUCAUCCUGCGAGACGUCAACGCCCUGCCGGAGACGCUGAGCGACGCGCUCAGGCAGUGGUUCGAACUGGUCACGGCGGCCGACCAGUAGAACGACGAGUAGCCCGUCGUAAAAAAUAGACUGAGCAUCGAUCACUGCUGCAAAGACCUCUCAGCCAGAACUGACAAUAAUAAUAAUAAUAAUAAAAAAACAACAACAACAGUACGGAAUUACCGCUGUACAUGUGCCUUUAUUUUCUUAUUUUUACUGUAGAGUUUAGGAGAUUUAGUAAAAAAAAAAAACAAAAACAAGUGUUCUUUUUAAUGUAAUGAGGAUUGCUUCAGUUUGCACGUCUCUGCUGAAAAUGAAAAAAAAAAAAAAAGAAUGUGAUUUUAGUGUGAACCACCUCACUGAAGUGAAUAUCCAUCUUGUACAAAUGCCCAGGAAAUCUUGUUGUGUGUGGAUGUAAAUCAGGGCUGGAGAAAUAAAUAAAAAAAAAAAAAAAAAGGUCAUUGACGCGACAGAUGAACGGAGCUCAGCUAGCGCAGCCACAGAUCGGUCUUUUUCAUUUUUACUCCAUACUUCGUGGAACCUAAAGCACAGUAUUUCAGCACGAUCCUGUUUAGAAUAGAAACCAGUUCCGGGUUUUCGCACUGUACAUCUGUUGUGUUUAUUUGGUUUUGCCCGUGCGAAUGAAAUGUUUACGAUCACGUCUGUGGUCUGGUUCUAAUGUGAAUUGUUAACGUUCUCUUCCGCCAACCUUGGCUGGGUCGAAUAGAUUUUCACUCCCUCUGUUUUCAUUACAAAACAUCACCAGAGCUGCUGAAAAAAAAAAA